UCCUAUACUGCAUGCUGACAUGUUCACUACAGUAGUUUGCUGCUCAGUGCUGGACAGAGAGAGCGUGUGAGUGUGUUGUUCUUAAAUGGGGAGUGUCUUCUGGCAGGACCGUCACUAGUUUCUGUUUAUAUUUGUUUUUGGGUGACUCGCUGACCAACGUUCUUUCAGAGCACACUCACAAUAUCCACCGGACGAGCAUGAAGAGUUUACUGGAAUUGUUUUUCACUAGCCUUGGUGGUGCAGUUGUUGUUUAUUAUGGAGUGAAGCUGCUGCUUGUCACCAGGAUGCUUUAUCCCAAAAUGUGGUUCCCACUGCCAAAGUCUUUCUUUUCGUCCAUGGGAGAGUGGGCAGUGGUGACUGGUGCAUCCGAGGGCAUAGGAAGAGAAUACGCCUUUGCGCUGGCUGAACAAGGGAUGAAUGUGGUUAUCAUGAGUAGAACCAAAGUCACUUUGGACCAUGUGGCCAAGGAAAUAGGUAACACUACAGGUCGUAAGGUUAAAGUGUUGGUGACAGACUUCACCAUGGACAAUGUCUUCAGUGACAUCGAGGAGCAGCUGAAGGACCUCAACAUCGGAGUAUUAGUUAAUAAUGUAGGCAUGCUGCCCAGUAUUGUCCCCUGCAGAUUCCUUGAAAACGCAGAUUUGGAUCAGACAAUUACAAGAGUGAUAAACUGCAAUGUGAAAACUAUGGUUAAGAUGUGCAAAACAAUCCUUCCAGGCAUGGAAAACAGGGGAAGAGGUGUGAUCUUAAACGUUUCCUCUGGAAUUGCCUCCAUUCCCUUCCCCUUGUACUCGCUGUACGCCGCGUCCAAGAUAUUCGUGGAGAGAUUUUCUCAAGGUCUUCAGGCGGAAUACAAAGAAACCGGGAUUAUUAUACAGCAGUCUUCCUCCGCUGUGGAACACACACACAACAAUGGACAGGCGAGAAUGUGUAGUGAUACGAACGGAGAGGAAAUAACGCCGAGCGACUGCGAGACUGUUGCUCCCUUUGGGGUCUCCACUCGAAUGAAUAGUUACCAGGCAACGAACGUGGUCACAUUGUCUCCACGUGACUUUGUGAAGAGCUCCCUGCAGUACGUCAGAGCUGGAGACAGAACAUACGGCAGCAUCUGUCACAUGUUCCUGGGCUGGCUACUACAGACCUUGCCACUCAAGAUUGUCUACGCAGACUAUGUGCUAAACGGCCUGCAAGAGUUUGUGGCGAGGAAACAAGCGCAGAAGAGAGCCAUCUCAGCUUUGAGCGCAGCUUAAUCACAUACCACUCUAAAGACAAGGGGUGUCCAAGCUUUUCCCAGCGAGGGCCACGUACUGAAAAAUGAAAGGAUGCAAGGUCCACUUUGAUAUUUUGUAAAGCACACAUGUACCUGUAUAUAUGCUAAGAUGUUAGAUGUAUUUCAAGAAAAAACUGCAUCUCAGCUUUGUGAUAUAGGUGAAAAAGCAUUAUAAGUAUGAACUUUGGUCUUCACUCUUUUUUCCCCUUUUGGCUGUUUUUUUAUUUUAAUUUUACAAAUAUUUCAACUUUCUUCUUAAAUAAUCUUCAUGAAUAUUAUUUUCCUAAUUUUAUGACUUUAUUCCCAUAAUAUUUUGACUUCACACCAUAAUAUUACAAGUUUUUCCCCAACCUAGUUUUCCAGAAAUUAUAAUUUGUCUCCCAAAAUAUUACGACUUUUGAAAAAUAGUAUCCUUUUUUUUCUUUAAUAUUUCAACUCAAUUAUUUCUCAUUCUCUGCAGGACAGGAAGGGUGACUUCCUGUCUGGUGCUCUUACUUUGUGUGGUGUGCAGCCGCUUCGCCCCAGUGAAUCUGUGCGCAGCUGUGUCCAAUUACAAUGAAUUGGGUUCAUAAGCCGCUUAUGAACCCAAUUCAUUGCCUGUGUUCUCCUCGCACAUGCUGUCACAUGAACAGUUUCCUUUCCUGUGGCUACGUCCUGAAACUACCGGUUGUGUUUCACCUUUUGUUGCCUGUAUUCUACACAACUGUGAGUACAUGCACCUACUUGUGCCUAAUAAAAGGACUUUU